ACUGCCAGACUGACUUCCAGAGUGGCUGAACCAUUAUACAGUCCCACCAACAGUGAAUAAGAGUUCCAAUUUCUCCUCAUCCCCUCCAGCAUUUGUAGUUUCCUGUUUGUUUAAUCAGCCUGUAACUGUUUUGCAGCUGCCACUAACUGUACAGGCAAAGCAGCCACAUUGUAUACAACAGCACAAAAGGGCUCCUGGGAAAGUGCCAAUCAAUGCAGGAAAGAAGAAAGUGACAACAAAGAACAGACAAUGUAAACUUGGGCAUAUCAUUUUAGGGAAGAUUGAGGAUAUUUGAGUGUGAAAGGGUAGAGGGGGAUGCAGCUUUCCCCCAUUCAUAAAUUGUAUUAUAAAUCUUGGGAGGUCAUUUUUCACCAAAGCAAUAUAUCUUGUUUUUAAAUGAAAGCUUAUAUAAAAAGGAUUUUCCUACUCAAAAUUCAUUAAGCUGUUAAUACUUAGCUGAAAUACAUGUUAACAGCUGUUAAGUCAGAAAAUGUAAAGAUUUAACUAAUCACAUGUAUUCUGUUAAAACAGUGAUCUGUAUUCUAUAAAAGAGGUAUUUUCAAUGUUGCAAGUGUGAAGUGGUGCCAAUGAGCAUAAAGCAGCAUUACCAGUGGGCUUUUAAAAAUACUUUGUGAGUAUAUUAGCUUCCACUUUUGUUAUUAAAUUAUAGAAGUGUCAUUAUAGAGAGCAAGUUUGCCUUGAUUUUGUUUAAAAUGAUGUCUGCUCAGUGCCCAGAAGAAAAAUGAACAUAUUUUUAUAAUAUAAACAUACUUUCUUUGUACAUUGUGCUCAUUCUUGAAUAAAGUAAGUUCAGUAUUGGCUUGUAGAUAUUAAAAAGAAAUUAUUGAUUUUGAUUGAAUAAUGUUCUCUCUCAAAAAAAUACCAUAAACUAAUAAAUUUCCAUUGUUUCCACCCACCUAUUUCAUGCUAUUUUUUAAGCAGUCUCAGAAACUAAAAUGAAUUUGGAACCAGGUGAGUGGGAUUCUUCUGUUGCUCUUAUCAAAAAUGUGGAAAUGGCCUUGGAAUGGGGUAAUUUAGUUGAAGCUGGAAGAAUUGUGAGGUGCCUGAUAAGAAAGGCUUAGACUGCUUUGAAGAGGCUGUAGAAAUAUGGAUUUUAAAGGUACUUGCAGUAAGACUUUAAAAGGAAAUGAUGAUGUAUUAUUGGAAACAGGAGGAAAGGCAGUCCUUGUUUUAUAAAUGGCAGAAACCUUGGCAAAAUUGAUUUCUUAUGUUGGAUGAAAGGCAGAACUUCAGUGAUGGACUUCAAUAUUUGAGACAGUUUCCAAGGUAAGUGUGGAAUGUGCAGACUAAUUUCUCCCUGCAGCUAAUAGUAAAAUGCAAGAUAACUGGGAUAAGCUGAGAACAGAAAUCCUGGGCAUAAAGAAACCUGAAAUUGAUGGUUAGGAAAAUUCUGAGCUUCUGGGAAGCAAGUCCAUGUGAGUGUUUAAACAUGGAACCAGUUGGUGAUUUCUGUUCAAAUCAGGAUGGGAGGUGGUAUCCAGAAAUGGUCUUUGGCACAUUCCUCUGUCUGAUGGUUUUGACCUCUAUUUUGCAAGAUCAACAUGAAUGGAACCAUUGCCAGCCUGGAUUAAACGUGAUAGAGAAGGGGCAGAUUGUAGGAAAAAGUCAGAACCAUGGAAAGCUGAGGCAUGGACUGAAGACAUCUUCUCUGGGAAGAAGGUGUUCCCACCAAUGAAAUCAGAUCUGCAAAUCUGAUGUAGCCUCCAAGUUUAAUCAAGUAGAAAAACUGAUGAAAGAAGGAAUUGGAUUUUUCCAAAGCCAGAAUUCAGGCAGUGAAGGUGGCUUUAAAAAAAUAAGGAAUGCUCUCCAUGCAACAUAUCUGCAGGAAAGACAUAUUUACAAUCAUACCAUUGAAACCAAAUUCUAAUACUCAAGAAAAUGGAAUUAUGUGUAGUGAAUUGCCAGAAGAUUUUACUCAACCUGUGUUAAAUCACAAGGGAAAGAAAACCUACUUUAGCAAUCUAUUUGGGAAACCCCUCAAUGACCAGUCAUCUUUUAAUCAACAAAAGCAUUUUUGCACUAGAAGUAAAUCAUAUGAAUGUCUUCUAAUUGGUAAAUUCUUUGUUGAAAGCUCUGUCCUUACACAAUACAAUGGAACUUACAUUGGAGAGAAACUCUAUGAAUAUCAUCUGUGUGAGAAAGCCUCCACUCAUAAUUCUGGCAUCAGAGUACAUGAGAGACCUCAUACUGGAGAGAAUCCUUAUGAAUGUCACCUACAUGAGAAAGCCUUAUCUCAUUUCUGUACCUUGAGACAACAUGAGAGAACUCACAUUGGAAAGAAACCAUAUGAAUGCCAUCUAUGUGGGAAAGCCUUCACUCGAUUUUCUGCCCUUACACCUCAUGAGAGAACUCACACUGGAGAGAAACCUUAUGAAUGUUGUCUCUGUGGGAAAGCCUUCAUUCGAUGUUCUGUCCUUAGAGAUCAUGAGAGAACUCACACUGGAGAGAAACAUGAUUGUCUUCUCUGUGGGAAAGCCUUUACUUAUCUCUCUUCUCUGAAACAACACAAGAGAACUCACACUGGUGAGAAAACAUAUGGAUGUCUUCAGUGUGGGAAAGCCUUCACUCAAUAUGAUCACCUGAGUCAACAUGAGAGAACUCACACUGGAGAGAAACAUGAUUGUCAUCUGUGUGGGAAAGCCUUUACUUAUCUCUCUUUCCUGAAACGACAUGAGAGAACUCACAGUGGAGAGAAACCAUAUGAAUGCCAUCUAUGUGGGAAAGUCUUCUCUCACUAUUCUUCCCUUAGAAGACAUGAGAGAACACACUGGAGAGCAACCUUAUGAAUGUCAUCUAUGUGAGAAGGUCUUCACCUAUUAUUCUAGCCUUAGAGUUCAUGAUAACACUCACAAAUAAGAGAAACACUAUGACUGUCUUUUGUGUGGGAAAGCUCUCACAAUAUGUUCAUCUGAGACAACAUGAGGGAACUUAUUCUGGAGAGAAACCUUAUGAAUAUCAUCAAUGUUGGAAAGCCUUCACCCACUCUUCUGGUUUUAGAGAACAUGAAAAAUAUCCAGGGGAAACAUACCAUAAGAAUAUUAUCUACAUGGGAAACUUAGUUUAUUUUUGUAAACUUAGACAACAUGAGAGAACUCAAAUUGAGUGAAACCUUAUGGAUGAUAUAUGUGAAAGGCUUCAGCCAAUGUUUACUUAUUAGAUUAUGUGAGAUAACUCAUACUGUAAAUGAUUUGAUUAUUGAAGGGAUUUCAACCCUUGAGUUAUCCUUUAGGCAUACCAGACAACUCACACAUUAAGGAAACACCAUUUGUAAUCAAUCUGAUAGAGCUUUAAAUCAUUCUCUCUACAUCAAUGUAAGCCAGUUCAUACUGUAGAGAAUGAAUAUCAUGUCAUCUUCAUGGCAAAGAAUUUAGUAAGAAGGUCUGAUGUUAUACAAUGUGAGAGAACUCACGUUAUACAUUUUAUGAAAUUUGGAGGGUCUUCAUCCUCUGUUCCUAUUGAUAGACAAAUCUUUACCAGAUGAAGGAGCUUCUUGAGGAAUUUCCAGGUACUUCAUGCUGGAGAUGUUAUUCAUGAAAAAUCACAAAAUUCUUUAUUUGUACACCCACACUUGUAGGGCAAUUGAGAAUUCACACUGUAUGAAUCUCUUAUCAGUCUCAUGAAUGCAGGCAUGAAAUCAGUGAUCACUCAUUCCUUUAGCAUUAAUUUUCAUAUACAGAGGAAAGAAAAAUCCUAAAAUCCAUUUAGAAACUUCUGCAACUUGAUUUCACAUCACAAAAUUCAUAAUGGAAAAUGAAAUACUUUAUGUUGCCCAUUAGCACAAAAUUCGGCAGAGACUCAAGGUUUUGAACAAGACUUACUGUUCAUAUUAUAUAGGAUAAUAGUACAAAUUGUGAAGUGAAUUGGGUACACUGAGUUUUGAAUUUGUAAAAAGUACUGUGAGGUUAAUUCAUUGAUCAGUUCUUGCAUAUAUAUAAGCAACAAAUAUUGUUGCUGAAAAUCUAAUGUUUGCCAUGUUCUAAUUUUCUUUUUAAGCAGUUCCAGUCACAAAGAUUUGAAUCAGAGUAACUUGGAAUGAUAACUCAAAAAUCUAGAACACAGCAUUAUUCUUUACUAUGGUCUUGGUAGUAUAAUAUAUUUUUUCAUGGCAAGGAUGAAUGCAAACAUUGAUAAACAAAAACACUUUACAACUAGAGUGUGCUGGUUUGAAUCUCUUACACACCCCAUAAAAAAGCCAUGUUUUUAAUGCCAUCUUGCGGCAGACUUUUGGGUGGGAACUUUUGAUUAGGAGUUUUCCAUUGAGUUGUGACCCUGCCCAUUCAAGGUGGGUCUUGAUUAGUUUACUGGAUUCCUUAAGAGACCUAAGAGGCAGCUGUAGAUGUCAGACACUUGGAGAUGCAGACAGAAAGCCUUUUGGAGAUGCUAAGCUAAGAGAUGAAGCCUAGAGUUUGCCCUGAAGAAGCUAAGAAGGCCCACAGACACUUAGAAAUGCCGAGAGAGAAUAAGCAUGGAUGCACAGGAGCUGAGAGAGAGAAGUUAACAGAGACAAGCCCAGAGACAUUUUGGAGAAAUCCACUUUGAAAUCAGAACCCCAGAGCAAAGGACUAGCAACCAAAUGCCCCUCCAGCUGACAGAGGUGUUCCAUUUCCCAGGCCUUUCUUCAGUGAUUGUAUCCUUUUGUUGAUGCCUUAGUCUGGACACUCUAUGGCCUUAGAACUACAACAGUGGUUUCAUCUGCCAUUUAGCAAACCAGAACAUAGGGUUUUAUGAUAUGUAAAUACUCCUCUUUUAAAAUACUUAGUGUUUUCAUAAUUUAGUAAGAAAUUACAAACAAAACUAUUUGAAUAACACAAAACAUGUCAUGUGGACUUGUGGUUUCAUUGGCCAGAAAAUUCCCAAGUUCCAAACCUGUCAGUGUCAUUCCAUACACUAGUAUUUUAUUGCAGAAAGGCUUUUGCCAACAACACAGAGAUCACACCAAACAAGAACAGAAUGUAUUUUGUAGUCAUAGGGAAUGUUCAAUUUACAGAUGCCAAUAAUCAGGGUGUCUAGUUUUCUUGAGGGAGACAUCUGCAUCACCUCCAAUUUAGAAUCAGGGUGACUUUCUGAUAAUACCACUGCAGCCUAACCAUGAUGAAUGCAUUCCAGUGAGAAAAUAGAACAGGUAUAUUGAGAUUGAAAUUUUGAACUUAUGGCCUAAAUAGAGUUCCCAGUCCUCCACUCCCUCAAAGUCCAAUAUUUCUUGUCAUGUGUUCCAGUGCCUUGUUUUCCUUACAGUGCAACAUUUAAUGCCAAAAUACCAUUAGGUGGAGUCACCACACAGUAAGUUCUUCCUGAUGAAAUUUUUGUAGCUGUUAUUUGAGUUGUCCACUCUAGUAUACUCUCAUCCCAACUCUGUUGGGUGGGAGUGUGAAUUUUUUGGGGUCACUUGUGCUGUAAAUGAGGUACCAAGAACUGAUUGAUGUCUACUUGGGUAUCUGAACACUUUGCACAGGUGUUUCUCCACAGCUACAACAGUGGUUUCAUCUGCCAUAUCAUCCAUGACAAUUACUGCCUGUUAUCCUUAGUAUGUACCUAGAAAGUCUUUUGUCUAUGACAAAACUCAUCUCACUACCCACCCCAUGUGGGGCAUGACUUCCAGGGUUGUAAGUUUCCCUGUCAACAUGACUUCCUGAUAUGAGCCUGGCACUGGCAUUGUGGGAUUGAGAAUGCCUUCUUAACCAAAUGGGGGAAAAGAAAUAAAGUUUCAGUGGUUAAGAGAUUUCAAAUGGAGUUGAGAGGUAGUUCUGGAAAUAAUUUUUAUGCAUUAUAUAGAUGUUCCUUUUUAUCUUCUAGUGUAUUAGACUAGCUAGAAGGAAAUAAUCAGAAUCUGUUGUACUCUUAAUUCAUUAGACUUCAUUCUUGAUUGUUUAACUAUAUAACUUUUAUCAUGUGACCAUGUGAUUGUGAAAACAUUGUGACAAACACUGCUGGAUCCAGUGUAUGGGCAGAUGAAUAAUAAAAUAAAGACACAUAUAAGGCAAAUAUAUAUAUAACAGUAGGGGGAUAUGAUUAUGGGAUGAUGUUUUGGGUGUUUUAUUUUUCUUUGGAGUAAUGAAAAUAUUCUAAAAUUGUGAUGAAUGCACUACUUUAUGCUGAUACUGUGAGCCAUUCAUUUUAUAAUUUUGAUGG